UAGCACUACAUUUAAAAUGGCGGACAAAUGAUCGACAUUUGAAAGUUAAGUUGUGCAAACUUUUCUGUUCCUGUUUUUUGCACGAAUAUGCCUUUGACAAGAAGCUCCACUGCAGCGCUUAGAAAAUCUUUGAGCCAAUCUCGGCGUAGCGAUGAGAUCAACAACGGGUCUGAUUCAAGUGUGAAAUAUAUUUGGCAGCGUUCCGAAGCUCAUCGACAAUUCAAUCCAUCAGAGAUGAGCAGAGCAAAAAAUCAAAGGUUGUUCAGCAGACCUCAAGAUGUUUCUUCUGAAGCUGAUGAAGGUGAAACUGAUGUUCUUGAUGUGGACAAAGAAAAAGGCAGAGAAACAAAACUCAACAUAAAAAAAUCUUUAAAAAUGUUAGACGAUGCAGUUGCAACUCCAAGACGCCUGGGAUCACCUUCCCUUCGACCAAUCAGUACUCCAACAUCAGUCCUUCAAGGAAACCAGCCUCCAUUGCAUGCUCUAAAACAUAGCUUAUACACUUCAAGUCAGUCGUCUUUAGCUGAUGGUAGUUUAGAUUUUCAGAACACUGCGCCUUUUAACAUGUUUGGAACAACACCCAGGCAUUCCAGACUGGCUCAGGAAAGCAUAUCAUUGUUGAAUGACAGUGGCCUCAGCAAACCUGUUACUCCCACUGGACGAUAUUUUGUAGAUGAUUUAGAUGAUAAAAAUAUGGACUUGUCGAAAUCAACAUUUGCAGAUAUGGAUACUGUGAAAUCAAACUUCGACGACCUUCUCGAAGGUUUUGCAAAAACGCUCACUACCCUGACACAUUCAUCUCAAGUUUUCCAACUGAUAGAAGAAUAUGAAAGAAUUUGCGACGAAACUGCCUCUUCCAUAUACAGUUUUGCUCGGAAAAGCACUCCGGGCAGACCAAGAUUUUCCAAACGUAUAAAACAUUUGGAUGUGACGAAUCAAGAAAAAUAUACGUGGCGGUUAAUCUUGUAUUUGUUUAGGGAUAGACUGGAGGCAGCUGAGGAUUAUGAUGUUGAUUUGGUGUCGGAGACGAUGACUGGAGAUAUCGUCAGAAAUAAAAGCGAGAAAGAAAUAGUAAUUGAGCUUUUCAAAAGAGAAGCGACCACUCGACGUAACCAGCUGGUCAUUGAUUGGUUAGAGAAAAAUAGUGAGGAUUGGUUGGAGAAUUUUAUUGAAUCGGAAAACGUGGAAUAUUUUGGAAACUUUUAUAAUUGGGAAAAUACUCUUCACUUUCUGGAACAGAAUGGAUUGUCGACGACACCAAGACGUCCAAUCGUCACUGAAAUGGAUCCUGACGCACCCGCAAGGCAGAACAGGCCAAUAGCGGAUCUUGAUAUUGAAGACGAGAAGAGAUUGUUGAAGCACUUGUUUGCAUACAUCCGUGCUGGAAAGCUUCAACAGGCUCAAGAACUUUGUAUUAAAUGUGGUCAGGCUUGGCGGGCUGCCACUAUGGAAGGAUGGAAAUUGUAUCACAACUCAAAUUCUCUCAACGAAGACUGGAAGAACGGGAAAUUUCAAUCCGUCGAGGGGAACCCCAAUCGUGACAUUUGGAAAAAUUGCUGUUGGAAUUUAAGCGAGCAGGAUUGUUACGAUUCUUACGAAAGAGCAAUUUAUUCAGCACUAGGUGGAAAUUUACAGCAGCUGUUGCCUGUUUGUAUCUCAUGGGAGGACUGUCUAUGGGCGUAUUUUAAAGUUAUGGUCGAUGUUCGAGUUGAACAGGAGUUAAGAACAAAGGCUGAUCGCACAUUUGAGAAUUUGACCUCCGAGUACUGGGACCAAGUUUUGACCCAAGAAAAAAUAUUCAAAGAACUUCAUUAUAGCAAAAACGAAGCAGUGCGCGAUGCUUCGAAUUCACAAUAUCACAUCAUUCAAAAGUACAUUAUUAUCAACGACAUUGACGGACUUGUUGAGGAAAUGUAUGGUUGGGUUCGUGACGGAACAUCGUCUUCACACAUGCUUCGAUUCAUGGCACAUUUCAUAUUGCUGCUGAGAACUGUGGGCUUGGAGACCAAAGACGAGAUGUGUCAAUCGAUUUUACAGUCGUUUGUCGAGUUGUUGAUCAAGGAAAGGCAGUUGAAACUCGUAGCUACUUACACUCGCCAUCUUCCCGGUGAUGUUCAAGUUGCUGUCUAUUCAAGAUUCUUGGAAGACAUAGAAGACAAAUCCGACAGGAAACUCUGCUUCGAAUUGGCUGAAUCUGCUGGUUUGGACAUUGCAAUGAUCACGAAAACAGUCGUCGAGAACAUCUGUGGCAAGGAUGAUUUCAAAGUGCAAGACGAUGAAACACUUCACGUUGCUACGUCUGAGGAAGACAGGCAUAAAAUAACAGCAAUCGAAUGGUUAAUUUUUGAUCCCUCUCAACGUGCUGAGGCCAUCAAACAGAGCAAUGCGAUUGUUAGAUGUUUUUUGGCACUCAGGAAGCACGAAGCUUGUAGAAGCAUAUUUGAAAAACUUCCCGAAGACUCGAUCGAUGUUGUCCAUCGUUAUUGGCAAAUGAAAGCUGGAGAUUCACCUCUGACUCCUGAAGACAACAACACUAUCCGAGAGUAUCUUUGCAUCAAGGCUUAUCUGGAUGCGUUAGAGGCAUUCGACGUUUGGUUCGAGCAUUUUCAUCAAAAUGCACCUAAAUUACCCAAAUCUAAAGGAACCUUUUCCUUCACUGAAAAAGUCGCUUAUGAACAAGAACUCAAGUUAUAUGAGGCUGAAAGAGAGAGAUGGCAAAGAGCUUUAGACGUACAUACCAAGGAGACAACGGAACGCAUAUAUAAUGUACUUCUCUUUCCUGGAGGAUGGAUGGUGGAUCUUGAUGAGGAGGAAAUUGCACGCGAAUCGCGAGCUCGUCAAAUGCUUCUAUUACGACAACUGUGCAUACCGUUUCUUACGUUUUUACUACAAAGCGUGCUCUCGUCUGCUCACGAACAUAAACGGUGUUUGCAGCUUGCUGAUAUUAUCGCAUCUCCAAAAUUAUCUUUGUCCGAUGUGUUCCGUAAGGAUGAAUUGAGAAAACUUCUCUCGCUUCUGCGACAGUCAUCGAUUCACAUACUGGAAAAUACGAGCGACCCUUUAGGGUAUGAGAUCAAGUGAGAUGGAAAAUACGAUUCAUUUUGGUCGUGUGUAUAUGUGUCGAUGAUGCCUCAAAUUAAAAGUCGUCGAACAUUGCGUCUUUUAAUGUUAAUUCUGACGUAUAAACAAUAUCGACUUUUGAUCGAUCCCAACUUUUCUACUCGUUGUAGUAUCUGUAAUAAUCUCAAUGUAGGAAUUUAUCUAUUCAUGUCUCAAA